AACAGGAUGAGCUUCCAGGCGCUCUGGACUGUGUGGGCACAGUUUCUCCUGCUGUGCCUGCUGCUGCCUGUUCCUUGGGUGGAGGCCAGAAGGUCCAGAGUCUCGAUGCCCUGUCCUGAGGUCUGCGAUGUCACACGUUGCCCGCCACUGCCCACCUGCUCGACUGGCACCGCGCCGGUGCCCGACCGCUGCGGCUGCUGCCGUGUGUGCGCUGCGGGAGAGGGUCAGGAGUGUGGCGGGACCCGGGGCCGGCCAUGCGUCUCGGGGCUGCGCUGCGGUGCCCCGUUUUCCCGGGAGCCUAUUGGGGGCGCAUGGCUGGGCACCUGCGGCUGCGUGGAGGGCGUGGAGGGCGCGGAGGUGUGCGGCAGCGAUGGGCGCACUUACCCCAGCUUGUGCGCGCUGCGUAAGGAGAACAGAGCCGCGAGACUACGGGGCUCGCCCCCGGCAGUGCCCGUGCAGAAAGGAGGCUGCGGGGACCCAGGGACCAGGAGUGCAGGGCGGCUCAGGAGGAAGUUUAACUUUAUCGCAGCGGUGGUGGAGAAAGUGGCGCCAUCUGUGGUUCACUUGCAGUUAUUCCGCAGGUCACCUCUCACCAACCAGGAAAUCCCUGCCUCCAGUGGCUCUGGGUUCAUAGUGUCUGAGGAUGGGCUCAUCGUCACCAAUGCUCACGUCCUCACCAGCCAUCAGAAGAUCCAGGUGGAACUCCAGAGUGGGGCCCGCUAUGAAGCCACUGUCAAAGACAUCGACCAUAAACUGGACCUCGCGCUGAUUAAGAUUGAGCCGAAAACUGACCUUCCCGUGUUGCUGCUGGGGAGAUCAUCCGAUCUCCGGGCUGGAGAGUUCGUGGUGGCUUUGGGCAGCCCGUUUUCUCUGCAGGACACGGUGACUGCUGGGAUUGUCAGCACCACACAGAGAGGUGGCAAAGAGCUGGGACUGAAGGAUUCAGACAUAGACUAUAUCCAGACAGAUGCCAUCAUCAACCACGGGAAUUCUGGGGGCCCACUGGUGAACUUGGAUGGCGAUGUGAUUGGUAUAAACACCCUGAAGGUGACUGCAGGAAUCUCCUUUGCGAUUCCCUCGGAUCGGAUCAGACAGUUCCUGGCCGACUAUCACGAGCGCCAGUUGAAAGGAAAGGCCCCUUCACAGAAGAAAUACCUGGGUCUUCGAAUGUUGCCCCUCACUUUGAACCUCCUACAAGAAAUGAAGAGGCAAGAUCCGGAUUUCCCUGAUGUGAGCUCUGGAGUUUUUGUCUAUGAAGUGAUUCAAGGAACGGCCGCUGCAAGCUCGGGGUUGAGAGACCAUGACGUAAUUGUCAGCAUAAAUGGGCAACCUGUCACCACCACAACUGAUGUCAUCGAAGCUGUUAAGGACAAUGACUUUCUCUCCAUCACUGUGCGCCGAGGAAGUCAGACCUUGUUUCUGACAGUCACACCUGAAAUAAUCAAUUAAGUACCUUUCUCCGAAAAACCGGCUAGCAAAAUCAGUUAUAGUACAUGGUUAGUAUUGAAGAAGUGACAAAGGUGGCAGGGGCUUUGGGACGUCAAGAAAAAUGGAUGGUUUGAAUACAUGAAUGCACGUUUGUACACACACACAGACACACACACACACACACACACACACACAUGGAUCUUGAGGUUGGGGAUGUUCCUCUGUUGCAAAAAUCUUCGAAGCCAAGUGGAAGCAGCAUGAUGGUCUGGUAAAAUUGGAAGACAGAAAACAACUGGAAAACAGGCAGUUCCCAAGUGAAUCGUGACAGGAGACUUUGGUAACCUCCUAUAUAGCCACAGCCUGCUAUGUCACACAUAUGUACAAACCAUCUACCUACCAAAUAGUAAGAGUCUGAAUCUGGAGUUAAAAAGCAACCACAUUUUAAGUAAUCCUCCUUCGUAUACUUCAGUUUCCCAAGUUGUGUCACAUUCUUGGCCAGGGAUUGUGGGUAGAAAAGUCAUCAAUUACAAGACAGACUGAAACUGAUGAUAUCAGUUUAUAACACAGGGAUAUUAGUCUCAAAAUGACCAUUUUAGCAGUAGAAACAAUUUUGGUCCUCCAGUGUUUCGAGAAAACUUCUUCCAUUAAAAUAGUUGUUUUGAAUCAUUUGUAGACUUAUAUGUAGGUUUUUUUUUUUUUAACAGAGCUUACAAACACUCAGACAUUUUACACAGUGAGCUGUGGCAGGGCCGACUCAGGGCUUAAAUAGUUUAUUCUGAGCAAACUAUUUUUAGUUACUGUUUUCCAGACUUGGGAGGGUGCAGGGUCAAACCCAGGGACCAGUGCACAUUAGGUGAGCACUCACCAUCGAGCCUUCCAGAAUUUAAAAAAAAAACAAAUCUAUAUAUCUAUAUCACACCCCUAGAUCUCCUUAAAGUCUAUGGGAAGCUUCAUUUGUGUAUUUUUAAGGUCCCGUUUCUUCACAAUUAACCUAAGAAUACAACCGUAGUGUGUAGAGACUAUGAAUUGACUCUUGCAAUUGCUAUCGUUGUAAGCAGGGUUAAGGUCAGUGUGAUGUUUCCAAAGUUUUUACAGUUGCCAUCUUUAAUAGCGUGAGAACAGUGACAUUAAUGAAUGAUGCUAAGGCAGAAACUUCUAAGAAUUCUACAAAAUGAUGCUGUUUCCAGGACCAAUUUCACCUGAACUCUGCUGGUCUUUCUGUCAGUUAUUAUGGGAAUGAGGGCGGAGUAGCUCUGCUUUUUCUAGAACCCAUGGCUAGUUGAGGAGCAGGCUCUUGAUCUGACCUGCCAGUUACGUUAUAUUUAACGUCUCUUUUCAACUUAGAUUUUGAGAGCUGCUAUCAUUCAGACGCUUUUCUUCCCAGUGACUCGGGACUGCAGAGGCUUGGCUGGCUCUAACACUGUGGUACCCUGAAAACUUUUACUGUCACACUUGUGUGGGCAAGAGUGUUUCCUCCUCUCUCCCCUCAGACAUCCGGACUUGUCCCCAGCAGUCAGUGUCCUCUAAGCAGGCAUACGCUUUUCUUUCUAAGGGUAUGCGUUCCUCAUUUUUUCUCACCUGAUCAUGCAGGAAAGUGUUAGUUACUCGUAUAGAAUCAUUUUCUUUUUAAAGACAUGGUCUCACUGUGUCGACCAGGCUGUCCUCUAACUCACAGGUCUGCCCGCCUCUAUCUCCCAAGUGCCACAAUGAAAUGUUCUCUAGCCUACGCAGUCUUUUUAAAUCACUUUAAAUAUAUGGGGCCCAUAUUUUAAAGGCUGAUUAAAAUGGGAAAAUACUAAUCUGUUAACUCAUACAUGUCUGCCAUUGUUGGAUUCCAGAUCAUAAUUGGAAUGAAGAAAUUACUGUCUCUAGAACACUCCAGCAGCCCAGAGUCAGGGCAGUGGCACUUGCACUGUGAUGACCACGGGCCGAGCGACGACUAGAGCAGGCAGGUUGCAGGAAGACCCUGCACACUCAGACCACAGCUUUCAUUUCUAAUGUUCACCCUUCAGCAAAAGGCAGGUUUUGAGCUUCAUUCUCCAUUGGAAAACACAGCAGAUGAGGCUUUAACACUUUAUUCUGUAAUUUAAAUUCACAGAGUCAGAAUUUUGGUGUGUAUUAAAUCCACAGUCUUUUCUAUGU